AUGAAACAUCUGAUGUCAGUGGGAGUGAACAAUUCACGAUUGAAGCCAGAUUCGUUCAAGACAUUGGAGGGAGACACAAUCAGAGAAGAUUUCUUGUACUUCGUUCCUGUAGAGGACGUGACUGGCGCCGGCCUUGCAAAUGCGCUACUAACAACGUUGGAGAAACUUAGAGUGGACACCCAUUUCAUGAAAGGGCAAGGUUAUGAUGGAGCUCGAGCAAUGAGUGGAGAGUUCAAAGGCUGUGCAGCUAUUGUUAAGAAGACAUGUCUAGAAGCUCUUUAUAUUCAUUGUACAAACCACAACCUGAAUCUGGCUAUUACCCUCGCGUGCAACAUUACGUCGAUCCUGAACUGUAUAGAAACAGUCAAGCAAGUCGACAACUUCUUUCGUCUAUCCAGAAAGGCUGGAAAUUUGUUGAAAAACCACAUCCUGACAGCAAACCCUGGUUUCAAGCAGACACGUCUUCUAACGUUUUGCGAAACGCCUCAAUUCAUCAUUGCAUUCGUUGUGAUGAAACCGGUGUUCAGCUUGACGAAAAACCUGAGCCAAAAUUUGCAAAAAGAAGAUUGCGAUUUGAGUGCAUGUGUCCAUUAUGUAAAUGAUGUUUAUGAAGAAAUAAAGGAGAUGCGUACCAGAGCCGACGAGAAAUUCGCAGAAAUGUUCAAAUCAGCGAACCAAAUUUCUGAAAAGAUUAGCACUGAGAUCACUGUUCAUCGACGAGCAGGACGUCAAAAUAAUCGGGAGAACUAUAAUGGAAACGCUGAAGAAUAUUAUCAACGAUCCAUAUUCAUUCCAUUUUUGGAUAAAUAUCUAGAAGAGCUGGACGCGAGAUUUCUUGAACAUCGCGCACUGCUGUCAAGCAUACAGAAUAUCAUUCCAGCAAAAUGCGCAGAACUCGAUGAAGAAGAAUUUAACAAAACCGUCCAUAUUUUCGAAGAAGAAUAUCCAAAUGACGUCAACGGGACUACUAUUUAUUUCUGGUUCCAGAUCUACAGGUUUCUCCAAAUUUCUGGCACACUGCCUGUUAAUGUUGCCUCCAGUGAUCGGUCCUUCUCCACUUUCCGAAGAUUGAAGACUUAUCUGCGCAUCAGAGCUGGAGAAGAACAACUGAACGUACUGGCGCUGCUCGACAUUCACAGAGAUGUGGAUGUUACCAGUGAUCGAAUAAUGGAUAUUCUUGCAAGGAAAACGAGAAGAAUUGAUAUUACCCUGUAA